GUUUAAUUGUUAUUUAGUCGUUUGAUUGUCGGUUUGCUAGUCGAUUUAUUAUAUAAAAAAUGUUAUAUUACAUCAAUAUUAUCCAAUUAUUUAUAUGCUUUAUACAUUUAGUAAGUGGCCAGUCACAAUGGAACACAAGGGACUUUAUGAAAAGGGAGCAUUCCCUAAUAAAACCUUACUAUGGAUCAGGAAUAGAUAUACCUUUCUGGCAUUUCACCGGAACGACUAUAGUCACGCCAAAUUAUAUUCGCCUUACCGAUGAUUCUCAAAGCAAAAGAGGUACCAUUUGGAAUACAGUUCCUGUGACUAGUCGCAAUUGGGACGUUCAAGUUCAUUUUAAAGUACAUGGGAAAGGUAAAGAUUUAUUCGGCGAUGGGUUUGCCAUAUGGUAUGCUAAAGAUAAUCUCAUCGAUGGACCGGUCUUCGGUAGUAAAGAUCUUUUCCAAGGUUUAGCGAUUAUUUUGGAUACUUACAGUAACCACAAUGGUCCACAUAAUCAUCAACACCCUUACAUUUCUGCUAUGGUAAAUAAUGGUAGUUUAUCUUAUGAUCACGAUAGGGAUGGUACGCAUACUCAAUUAGCUGGUUGUGAGGCCAAAUUUAGGAAUUUCGAUCACGAUACUCAUAUAUCAGUUAAAUACGAGAGAGAUGUUUUAACAGUAUCUACCGAUUUAGAAAAUAAAGCUGCAUGGAAAGAAUGCUUCCAAGUUAAAGAAGUACGGCUGCCGACUGGGUAUUACAUAGGUGUAUCAGCUACGACUGGUGAUUUGUCCGACAAUCACGAUGUCAUGUCCGUUAGAUUUUUUGAAUUGGAUUUGGACAACGAUGUCGAUGCCGCUGAAGAUCGUUCCAAAAUAAUCCCGUCGGCGUCUUAUUUCGAAGCGCCACGAGAGCACGUUGAAGACCCGAAGCCUGGUAUGUCUGGUAUUAAAAUAUUCUUUCUUAUGUUACUCGGUAGCAUAGCGGUUGUCACAUUCGUUGUGCUGGGCAUAAUGUUCUAUCAAAAACGGCAGGAAAAGAGUAGGAAAAGAUUUUAUUAGAUAUGUUGUUCAAAUUCAAAUCGCCAUUUAUAUCAAUUUUGUUUUCAAUGGGAAAAAGAUACGUAUUUUGUAAAAAAAAUCCUUCAAGGCAGAUGGAUGUUUGUGGUUUUCAGGUCAUAUUUUUUAUAUAAUAGGUUUGAUGCGUAUAAAGGGAAAUAAAUAAAGAGGGUAUGUUUUUAGGUAUAAAUAAAUUAUUUUUGACAUAUCUUUGACUGAUAUUUAUUUAAUGAUGUGAGGAAAAUUGUUUUUGUAGAUAUUAUACUUUUUGCAAUAUUUUUUUUAUAUUACCCUUAAGAAAAUUCAACAAUUUUCUUUAUGUCAUUUUAAUUGCAUCACUAUUAUUACACAUACAUUCUUUGGUUCUAUGACAUUUUUUUAAGAUUGUUUAAGUAUUUUAGACAACACAUUUCAAUAGUAUGUUUAAAAGUAAAUAUGUAAUAUAAAAAUCAGUAAUGACUGAAUUUCAAAGCCAAAAAUAUUUUGUGUUUGACUCUGUAGGCAUCACGAGAGGGUUGGUUAAUUGUUUCUUUUAAUUUUAGGAUACUGAAUUAUUCUUUUUUUGUGUCAACUUCAGUAGUUGAAUUACUAAAGGACUUGUUUCCUCCAAAUUCUCUAUGAACAUGUAAGAUGUAUUUUCUUGUAACAUUUAGUUUUUUAUUUAGGAAACUACUCGCACUUCCAUUUUCGCAUACUAACAAAAAUACAUAUUACAUACUCAUACACUAGUAUAUAACAAGGCCUGGUUUAAUUGAUUUUUUCAAAGCUUUUUUUAAUGUAACCUCCCGCUCGAUUUCCAACUUCACUAAGUUUGUCAAAACUUCUGUUAAUGUAAAUACCAACAAAUAAAAUUUAAUACGUAAUUAUACAAUUUUUUCAUAUCCCUGAGCUUUGAAAAAAUUUACUUUAUUCACACCAUUACGAUUCGAAAAAGUUUUAAGUAGCAAAAGUAGUUAGAGAAGUAAUAACUGUGUAUAAAAAUUACAUUAAUAAUUUUAUGACUUUCUUAUAUAUUUUGGCCUAAAAGUUUUUUACAAACAUUUAUAGUGUUUAUUAAAAAUUGUAUAUUAUAUAAAUAAAAGAUAUAUAAAUAUUACCAGC